AUGUAUCUAAACAAAGGAGGCUCCAAUUCGCUCUUCGGCCGUCUUGGCUACAUCUUGUCCCUUCUACUCCUGAUCGGCAUCCUGCACCAGAACGUCGCCUUAGGAUCUCCCCUGGCCAAGCGUGAUGAUGACAUCGAGCCUGACGAUCCAGACUCCGACAACGAUGACCAAGACACCGGCUCCCCAUUUUCACCUACCGUUGACAACUAUCCAGAUCUCACCAAAUGCCGCGAGAAGGUCUCCGUCGCCAAGGAUAAGUCCGUCUUCUACUCCGGUGUUGGCAAGCACGAGGACAAGCCUCAAAGUUUCGCCGAUCAGCUUCCUAAUGGCGUCCUUUUACGUGAAGCAUAUCCCAGUGGUUUUACAGAUAAGAACGAUGACUGGACUGGCUACAAGAAGUUCCUUGAGCGUGCCAGCCAGGCUUUUGCGGAGAAAAGUUCUGGGAUAGUUUAUGUCUUGUUGCCGACGGACAAGACGGAUAUUAGCAAGAAAGUGUGGACGAAGAUCGAGAAAGACAAACUUACAAGCAAUUCAGCUGUUGAGAGGAUCGUCAAGGUGGACCCAGAUGAUUUCACGAAGAAGUGUGUACUCUCAGGAUCUGCGGACAAUGAUUUAUCGAGUUGCGAUCUCGAGAAUGGACCUGUGCCUGGCAAAGACAGCAAAACGUUGGGCUACACCCCCGGCUGGUGCGGCGUGCACGUUAUCCAAUACCAGAAAGCAAACCCCAGCGACCCAUCCUCACACUACCACCUCGACGUCACCAUCUACGACGGCGCGCAGAAGCAGAUCGGCCAAGUGACGAACCAAGACGCGCCCUCGGGACAGGGCGUCAAUGUCGACAGCGCGCUGCCUUUCGUCCUUAUCGUUACGGCGCAAAACGUAGAUGCUGAUGCUGUGCUAUUCAAGUACGCAGAUCAGUCUUGGGGGAGUAAUGACCAGGAUCAUCAUUGUGAUUUUGGAGCUUAUGACAGUGGGAACAGGUAUGUGUUGAUCCCAUGCUAUCGAAUCUGGUUGAGAGGAAGAGGGGCUGACGCAUUGAUGUUUUAG